AUGAUGUUGAAAAAAAUUUUCAUGUAUUUAAAUAUCAUCUGUAGAAUCAUUAAGUAUAUUCAGUUGAAGAAGGCUCUUUUUAAUGAGAACUUCGAUUUGCACACUUGUAAAAUGCACGACGUGUUUUUUUUCAAUUAUCUUUACUUUUUUUAUAAUAAGUACUCCAAGAAUUGCAGCAAUAGGUAUAUAAAGAAGCUGUGCGUACGUUACGCUGUGAAGAAGCGUGAGAUUGUUACGAGUUUGCGGAGGAAGAUCAACACUGCCAAGGACGAGGACUUUUACUUCCUCGACGUGUACCAACGCCUCUUCGAGGGCGCCGUGCGCGGCAGCACGUUGGGCGCUCUGCCCAGCAGUGACGAGGACUGUAGGGUGGGAGCGGUCAGAAUGGUGAACGGGGUGAAUGUGAUGAACGGGGUAAACGCGGCGAAUGCGGCGUGCCGAGUCAACCCCGCUUGCGCGGCCAACUCUACUCACCCUGACAACCCUGCCAACAAGGUGAACAGGCUGAUGGCCUUCUGCAGGUGCAUGGCGGAGGAGCACAAGAAUGAUGCCUUCUUCGAGCCCACCAACCACAAGGCGGACUGCGUCUUCCGCUACCUCACCUCCACGCUGCAUGAAGAUGUCAUCUUUCUGAAAAACAAAAACAGGGACUUUAACGAGAAAAUGAGCUACACGAAGAGCGAAACUUGGAUCAAGGAACGAAAAAUGAUCACCCUGACAAACGGAGGAAGUGACAACCAGGACAUAAACGAGUUCCUAAAUAUGGAUCAUCCAAAGGACGAAAAAUAUUUGGAAUCAUUCUUGCUGCACUUAUUACAGAGGAAAAAAAAAACGUGCAUUCUAUGCUACUGUGUAAGACGUUACUAUUUGCGCUUUCUAAAAAGAUUACAAAAAAAUUUAUCCUUCGAGGUGCUCGAUAAACAGAUCAACUUCAUCUUUGACAACAACUACCUCGAAAUUAUCAAGUUAUAUAAUAGACAGAAAAACAACUGCGGCGGGGCUGGAAACAACGACUGCGGUUACCACUGUGGUUACCACUGCAGCCAUCAGGGUGGGCACCGAAACAGCAACAAUUUCCAUCCCAACUGCAAAUGCUCCAGUAUAUUCAGCUACAUAAAUAUCGACUCUAUCGAAGCCUGCAUCAUCUACCUCCUUCAAACCACCUGGAAGUAUUACCUCUGUGACAUUCUUUCUAUCCCUAACGAAUUAGAGCAAUUCUACGAUAACUUGGCAAAAAAACACAAGAGGAAAAAGUACAAAAAUUCUAAGGAUGAAAAAAGCUGGAACUUUAUUAAGUACCUCAAGGAGGAGAAAACAAAUAACAUGAUAAACAAAUAUCUUUCCAACAAUGAGGAGAAUAUGGAAGUGGUGUCUACCAAUGAGGACAGCAGUGAGGAGAAGCUUGUGCACAACAACUUGCUUCUCUCCAACUUCCAGUUCAUCGACAUCAGUGCGAUUAAGAGGAACAUCUCGGCACAGUCGGGUCUCGGCGCGGACCACAGGGCCCACGUCAACGAGGGUAGCGCCAACCAAGUUAGCGGUACUAACCAGGUUUGCGGUACCAACCAGGUUUGCGGUACCAACCAGGUUAGCUGCACCAACCAGGUUAGCUGCACAAACCAGGUUAGCGGCAACACCCGGACAAGCAGCGACGAACACUUGAGCAGCGACAACUACGCGAACAGGAAUCAGAAGAGCCACGCCAAAAAGAACAGCGAAGCGCAGGUUGAAAAGAACAAGGCACACAAAAGCGAGAAAGUGGCGAGCGAUUUCUACACCAUCGACUUGAACAUCCUAAGGGAGGACGAACUCAGCGCAUACACGCAGUUCCCCAAUGGCACGCUCACCCUUUUGAAAGUGCUUCAGGGAAAACUGGACAACAGGGAGCUGAAGAAAUUGCUGAGGCAGUUCAACCUUAGGGGAAUUAAAGUGAAGAGCGGGACGAGGGAGCACGGCAGGAGCAUCAUCGUGACGAAUGAGGUGGGGCCUGUCGGCGCCUGCAGCAGAGGGGCAGCCCUCAGGGAGGAUGAGAUAGGGAUGGAGAGGGGGAUGGAGAUGGAGAUGGAGAGAGAGAGAGAUAGAGAGAGGGAGAGGGAGAAGAAGGAAAAGAAGCCAGAGGAGAGGAAAGAUGAACAAUGCGGCGAACUGCCUACCGUGCGAGAAGGGGAAACGCGGGCAGAGAUUGACGAUCAGGCGAAAGGGAGAAGAAGCAAAGCAGAGGAAGAUAAGGGGGACAAGGCGAAGGCAGUUAAGGGCACGAAGGCAAAGGGAAGCAAGUCGAAAGGAAGCAAAGAACUUACCUUACCCAACGCGCUGGAGAGUAACCUGGAGCAGGUCCUCACAGGAAGCAGCAACGUGGACGAAAAUUUCAUCUCCAAUUUCUACGUAAACCUUAAGCUGUUGAAGGACAAGCUGGAUAAUAACUACUCCGACAAAAAUAGCAACGGGAAGGACAAUGACACUAUUCCAGAAAAUGCGCUGACGAGCGCAAUCCACAAGGUGAGUGAAACCAUGAAGAAAUACAACAUAAAUAAUAUUAACGAGAUUAAAAGUGUGCUAGUGAAAAACGGAUAUGACAUACGCAAGUGCUACAACGGAAUCGACCUGAUCUUCUUGUUCCUCUCAAAAAUUAAGGGAGUCAAUGUGAGCUUCCUAAAUGGAAACAAUUUUAUUAACAACAAAAAUGUGUAUGAAAUUUUACUGCAAAAUUUUAAGACGAUAGAUUAUGAAAAUAUAGAAAAAGAUUUUUAUUCUCUCGAUUAUAUCCUUUCCAAUUUUGAAUACAUAGAUGAGACCUAUAUAUAUCAGAGGUACAGAUCCUUUUUUCAUUUUACGGAUCUCCUCUUCACUGUACAAAACGUUGUGGACGAUAAUUCUGAUAUUACACAGGACCUGUUUACUCCCUUCUUUGAUGUUUUGAAUAAUUUAUUUUGUUACGGUAUCGGUUUGGUGGAAAAUUUUAAUGAGAACUGUAAGGAGGUGAUUAAAAUUAAUAGUUUAGAAUAUUUUUUGGAACAUUUGCACAAAUGUAUUGGCUCGCUCUACAUCAUUGACAAGAACUUCGAGUGUAGGAAGGAGUUGUUUGGUUUCAUUCAGUACAACAGUUUUUUUUGGCAUGUCCUGUAUAAGCAAUACAACUUUUUUUUAACUUACUAUGAUAUGAAGAACCACUGCAAUAUUUUCAACGCUUUUCUGUUUCACUUUUUUAAUUACACCUUUGAAUUUCCUUUGGAUAAUUUCUUCAAAAUUGAUAAUAAACUAAGUGAGGAGAAGAAGGCUGUGGUUGCUCGUCUGUUUGACAAGUUCCCCUUUUUGAAAGCAGAGGAGAGGUUCCUAUUUUGUCUCAUUUUCCGAUUUCUCCUACAGGAUAGGAACCACUUCUACAGCUACUACUACAGUACCGAGUUGUCUCUCUUCAUUUUCAACGCCAUUAUUUCUUUGAAUAACUUCAGUCGCAACCUGGAGGAGCCCUACAUGUUCUCCCGAGGGUUCACGCCUCUGAACGGGUUGGAGGAGGUGGACCCAACCCUCUCUCUGUGUCAGACAAACAAAGUGACAGUGACCAAGCGGAAGAAACAUUUCCAGAAUUUCCAUUUGAACAAGCAAAACUUAGUCCCCUUCAUUCACAGAAAGGAGAAGGAACUUCUGAGUCUGGGGUCUAUAAUAAAUAUGGAGGUGACAAACAAAGCCAUUUACUUUAACAACACCAUCAAUAUGUUGAAUUUUAUUAUCAAGGAUUACAAAAAGAACAAAUUUGUGAACUAUGCCAACUCCGAUGUGAACAAUAGUUUAUUUUACCUGGCGUAUAACUACCCCAUUAUUAACAUUAACCCUAGACAGCAGGACCUGAUGACCCUAUACCUGAGUAGCAUAUACACAUACAACGAGAAUUUUCGAAACAUUAACAAUUUGGUUUAUAUUUACAGUAACUGUUUUUACAACUUUCACAAUUUGUUUUUAUUCCUGAACAAGAAGAACGACCUUUUCCUUUCGCUGUUCAAACUGCGGUUCCAGGGGAAGCGGUGCCCGGAGAUGCGUAACUUUUUCUACGACGCGGGGGAGGAGGCGGCAAUCCGCGCCGCUGGCCGGGUAGCGGACCGGGCCGACGGGGUGACCGACCCUUUGGCUGGCCCUUUGGCAGGCCGCUCAGCUGGCUGCUUAACUAACCGCUCAACUAACCGCCCCACAGCCCCGCGCGCGCUUGGCAACUACGACGUGGCCAUACACAACUGCGUGAGCGAAGUGUUCUACAUGUACGACGGCAUCGUGUACGACGUGAACGAGACGGAGAACAUCGACUACUACUUCCAGGGUGGAGAAGCUUACCUGAAUUUUGUGCGUGACAAAAACAUGGAUUACUACGAGGAGAGGGAAAACUUCUUGUAUGAACAGAAUGCAAGGGAGCGUAACGAAGCGAACGAUGACGUGGAGAGACGCAUCGAAGAGGUGCUGCGUAGAGAGCUGGUCACUACAGGCAACAGGCCGAACGAAACAAACAGCGACGCGAUCAAUAUCACCAAGGACAACUCCAAUGUUAUGAAGAACAAAAGUACAAACAAGAGAAAAAAAAACGAAAAAAAUGAAAAUUUCCUUCACGAACCAGAGUUAGAAAGAGACAUAAUGAAUAUAAGAUUCACGAAAAAAGAGUUCCUUGGAAAAAAUUUGCCCUCCUUUUUUUAUUUUAGAUCACUCAUGUACAAUCAUAAAAGUGAGAUCAAUAAUAAGUCUGACUUGAUGCAUGCAAAUUGUUCCUCCUCUAGUGCACCAAAGAAAUUUUUCUAUAUCUCUCUCCUCUUCAACAUUGACUUUUACAACAUACGAGGAAUGCACAUUGAAAAUAAGUUGGUGUCUGAUCGAACUCUACUCAUUAAUAAAAUUUUGAAGGAUAACAAGGGGAGGUUGCUAAACGUAAAGGUCUUUCACCUGUACAAUAUUUUCUCCAAGAUUAUUGAGCUUCACUAUGAGGGAAAGAACAACACCAGCAGAAGUAGCAACAGCAGAAGCAGCAACAAUAGUAGCAGCAACAAUAACAGCAACAACAACAGUGGUAACAACAACAGUGGUAACAACAACAGCGGUAACAACAACAGCAGUAACAACCCUGAGGACAGGUUUAUUAAUGGACUGGAUUAUAAAACGGACGAGGAUUUUUAUUACAAGGUGAAAAUGAAUCCUUCGUACUUCUUCCUUUUGUAUGCCAUUAAGAACGAUUACGACAAGAAGAACAAGAACAAGCUGAUUUUUAUGAAUGUGAACUCUGAUGUAGAAAGUUAUGUUGAGGACAAGAAGGAUGGUACGUACAAAUUCGAUUUGAAUAUUUUGCUCAUCCCCAUUUCUUCUCACAUCGUUCUGAGCAAGUACAACGGAAAUAUCAACCUUUUCAACGACAACGACUAUCCGCUUAUCACGUUUAAGUUUCUCACCUCCACGUAUGACUUGGUUUGCAUAGGCAUGAUCAUCUGCUACUCGAAGCUGCUCCUCCAGGACUACAUCCUAAACUGGUUUGUCCCAAAAAUCAAGGAGCGAAAACUAAUCAAAGAGGAUCUAGAAGUAAAACUGGAGGAAAUCAACGUGUAUGAAGAAUCCGAACUCUACUGUCUAGAAAAAAUUAGAAAGUUCUCCUGUAGCAUUAAGAAGCUUCUCAAAAAAUACAACAACACCAUAGUGAUCCAAUUGAAGAAAAAUCACAACAUGAAUAAUGUUCACAUAAAGUGUAUAGAAAAUUCUAAGCUCAACAAAACGAACUUCUGCUCCAAUUGCAAAAGCAACUAUGUUUGUUUGUGUCAAAAGAUUAAAAAGGAAGAGCUGAGAAAAAAAAUGAAUUACAUUAAGGACCAAGAAAAGAUGAUCAAGGCGAUUAGAAGCAACUGCGAAAUUAACGCUGAAAAUUUUAUUGGGGAGGAUAUUAAUAGGAAGCGGAGUCAAACCGCGCAUGCGCGCAGUGGUGACAACACAGGGAAGGCGGGAUCAAUCACUGGUGCUGCAACGACGAGCGUGUCGGAGGAGCUUCAAUGGGAUGACGACUUCAUGCAGACGUUGUACCAAAAUGAAGAACUCAUGGACGAAAUGAACGUGCUAGAAAAUUCCUAUCGCUCAACCAACAGCUCAGUCCUCUCCGUGUCCAGUGAUAACAUUUCGAACUUCUCCGGAGACGACAACUGUAUUUUGGACGAAAUGGAAAACACCACUAUUAUAUUUAAUAAUGCCCUGUACGAGGAUGAGGACCUUUUGCGAAAUGAAAAAAAAACACAGGAAAAGAGUGGCACAGGAGUAGGAACAGGAGGAGGAGACCACUCCUAUGUAAAUCCUGUUGAGGGAAACAGAGGAAAAAGGGAUGUCACAACUUGCAGUUUUGGAUGCCCCGGUGUUGGAUGCGGCGGCGAUAACGCCAUCGAACUCAACCUUAGAAAGAACAACGGAAAAAAUGACAUCGAGGAAAUCCUCCUACUCGAGUUUGAAAAGUUGAGCACAGAACAUGUAAAGAACGUAUACACAAUGCAGAAGAAGUUCGAAAAAUAUACAGAGGGGGUUUACAACAAAAUGAUGAAUGAGCUGGCAAAGAAAAGGGAAGCCAGUAAAAAAGUGAAGGGGGAAGAGGGUGGACGAAGCACUACCAACGCGCUGAGCGAAAGCAAGGAACAAAGUAAAAUAUUAGAGAGUCAGGGUCAGACGGAAAAAAAUUUGGAGACACACACUUCUGUUGUGCUUACCCAGGGUCAGCAGGACAAAGCGGCACAGAAAUCCAAACUUGACACGAACGCCUUGAAAAAAUCUGAUGAGCCGUUGUCAAAGAAGGGAGAACAGAGUAAAGCCCAGGAGGAAGGUGCUUCGCUUCAACCCGUUAGUAAUAAUAAACGCGGUGCUAAGACCACCAAGGCUGAAAAAGGUGCUCACCUCGAUAAGGACAAAGGUGUGAGUAGUAACAACGCGGCGGGUAAGGACAAACGGGUCGUGGAGGACAAUACUGGUGCAAAUGGCCUGGCGCAGGUGGACAGUUUAACCCCCAAGAAGGAGGAGAAAGAGGAGAAAAAGGAGAAAGCGCGCCAGGGAAGCACGAAGGAGGGCGCACAGGAAGGAGAGCUGCAGAAGGAAAGGGAUAACAGAGGGGGCGCUCAGCUGAAGGCGAGUCCGGCCGAUGAACAGGGAGAGAAAAAAGUGGAAGCCAUUGGUAAGAAGAAAAGCGGUGAAGUCAAAAGUGGUGAUGUGAAAGCAGGUGAGAGCAAGGGUGCAAAGAAGAAAGCGGGCCAGGGAAUCAGCGCCGUGAAGGGAGCAGAAAGUUCUGCCAAGAAGGAAGGCGGCGUCACGCAGAAGGGCGCUAGCGACAGCGCGAAGGAUGGAGGUGUCCCUGUCGAGAGCCAAGUGGAGGAGGAGAUGGAAAAGCCGAGCGAAAAGAGUAAAAGCGCCAGCGGAAAGAAGAGCCAGCAGGCCAAGGAGAAGAAGCAGAAAGGAGGCGGUAGCCCGGUGGACGAUGAGGAAAAGGGGAAAGGCGGAGACAAAACGAAGGGAAGCAAGGAGGGAGAAACGAAGAAGGGGGAAUCGAAAAAAGGGGAGGCCAAGAAGGUGGAAGCGAAAGGGGACCCAAAAGUGGAAGCGAAGAAGGCGGGCGCCAAAACGGUUGAAGGCGCCGCGAGGGAAGCCGAAAAAGCAGAGCCCCAAAUCGUCGAGGAUCAGAACGUGGAAGACCCCAUCAACAACUACUUCUGCAAAAACGUCUCGGAGCAAAUCGAAAAAAUGGACAAACUAGACACCGUCGCGGCGUACCUUUACAACGAGUUGGUGGAAAUAACGAAGAAGAAGCUGAAGAAAAAUGUAAUACGGGUAGAAAAUCUGUCGGUAGAAGGCUACCUAGGCGUAGGGGAGGAAUUCCUCAGCGCGAUGAAUGAGUUGGUUCUCAAGUUGAACAAUAAAUUUGGAUCAGAGGAAGGUGAGAAGAGGUUCAUUUCAAGUGGCGCCGCCAGCGUAAGCACCAUGUCUAGUGGAAUGAAGGGCAGCAAAGGGGGAGCAAUAAUCAACACAGCAGUAGCAGCAACCCCGACGGGAAGACACACCGACAAUGAGCACCCUGGAAAGGGAACUAACAAAGAUGUGAACAUACAAGAAGAACAGAAGGAGAGGAGAGAAGAAACCAACAAGUACAAUCUGUACGAUAAUGAAAAUAUUAUAAAAUUGUUAAGCAUGUUGAAGAGAAAAUUAAUUUCAAAAAUUCUUCUGCCAGAUAGUCCAAGUGAUAAAAACAAAGCGAGAAAUAAAAAAGUUGUAAAAAAAAAACAAGUUGAUAUUAAAUACAUUUGUGAGAUUUUCAGAAGGGAAUACAUUUUUCAUGACAAGCUUUUAAUCUUAACUCAACACAUUUUGGACAUUAACAUUCGGACCAAUAUCUUCCUAUUUGUGUACCUCUUUGCUGGGAAUUACUUCUCUCUCGUUGAUUUGGACUUCCUGCUUAACAACAUCACCUACUUGAAUGACUACGUGUAUUAUAAUAAGGUCAACGUGGAGGAGUCGCUUUUCUUGGGAGUCGAUGACUGCUCGUCCGGCAACGCAGCAGCGGUGGAAGCGGCAGGAAGGACGACCAACGGGACGAUCAUCGAAAUGAAGAAGACACAAAACCAGGACCAACAAGCAUCGAAGCAGGAAAAAACAACCGCCGUUCGAAGCCCACACGGGAAUGCCAAGAGCGAGGCAGCCACAGAAACACUAACCAACAACAAUCAAAGUGCAAAGAAAAAAAAGAAGAAAAAAAACACACGAAAUGGCGUAGUGAUCGACGAUGUGGAGGGAGAAGAUGAAGACGAGGAGGAAGACGAUGAUGAAGAGGAAGAAGAUGACCUGGAUGACGAUGAAGAAAGGAAAAAAAAAAAAUAA